AUGUCCCACCACGACGAGCCCGCCGACAACGAGGGCCUCCGACCGGAGCAGAACACCCAGACCAGCGACGUUCUCCGCCGCCCUUCGAUCGUUUCGUCGCGAACACUCUCCGACUCUGGACGCCGGAUCUCCUCACAACAUGUCCGGUUCUCAACAGAUCUCGACCGCCCCUCGGCUGAGGAACAACGCCAGAACAACUGGGACCGCCGUCCCAAUUCCCGCGGCUUGACUAUCGACACGGCGCUGGCGCCUCCGUCUGUUCUGCCCGCUGGUCGCUCGCCUACAUCGCCGCUGUCGCCUAAUACCCAGACCGCAAAUGCGAAUGCGAACGCUACCCUUUCUCCGACUUCCCCGCAGAAUCCUGAGCCCGCCGGUCGGUCUCGAUCGCGAAACCGUGGUUAUUCGCUGCGUCGCACUAUUUUUAAUAAGACUAUCCACUCGAAUACGGAACAGGAUGAUCUCACCCUGGCUGAGCUGGGUGAGGCCAAGGAACCUGCUGCGGAGGUAGCUCCAGCCCCAGCUCAGGCUGAAGGGACUAGCUCUGAUGAGAAGAAUGCGUUGACUUUCGCACCCACUGCGACGCUGGAUUCGCAGCAUAAGGAGGAGGUUUCGACAUAUGUUUCUUCUGAGCCUUCUGAGAAGGGUUUCAAGGGCCUUUCCAUGCCUGUGGCGCAUCAGAAGUGGAUCGCGAGAAAGGACGCUGUUGAACUGCGCGUUCAGGAAGCUUUGACUUCUGUUCAGAAAUUCAUUCUGCGUAUCAAGGAUAUCCCACCUACGAAGGAUGGCCGUCAUCUUGAUUUGAAUCCCACGGAGAUUGACACCAUGAUUGAUGAGCGCACCAGCAAGCCUUACAUAAGUAAUUCGAUCCGCUCGAGUCGGUACAGUCUUUGGAGUUUCUUCCCUCGUCAGUUGUUCGCUCAGUUUACCAAAGUGGCCAAUUUCUAUUUCUUGGUUGUUGCGAUCUUGCAGAUGAUUCCCGGCCUGAGUACGACUGGAACAUACACCACUAUCGUUCCGCUUUUGAUUUUCGUUGGUAUCUCGAUGGGUAAAGAGGGCUUCGAUGACUGGCGCCGGUAUCGUCUCGACAAAGAAGAGAACAACCGGGACGCUUUCGUGCUCCGUCCGGGUCAUGGUACGAUCGCGGAUGGUGCUUCCAUUACCAGCAAUGCUCAGGAUUGGGUAUUGAUCAAGUGGAAGGAUAUCCGUGUGGGCGAUGUUAUCAAGCUUGAGCGUGAUCAGCCGAUCCCUGCUGAUAUCGCUCUCCUUCAUGCCAGUGGACCCAAUGGCGUGGCCUACAUCGAAACCAUGGCUCUUGACGGAGAGACCAAUCUGAAGAACAAGCAACCCUGCCAGCCUGUGUCAAAGCUGUGUUCGACCGUUGAAGAUAUCACCAGCAAUUCCUUGCAUUUCGUUGUUGAGGACCCAAAUUUAGAUCUCUACAAAUUCGAUGGACAUGUCACCGUCAAUGCUCAAGAGAAGCUGCCUUUGACCAACAAUGAAAUCGCCUAUCGUGGCAGUAUCAUUCGGAACACUGACCGCGCCCUUGGAAUGGUCAUUUACACCGGUGAAGAGUGCAAGAUUCGCAUGAACGCCAACAAGAACCCGCGUAUCAAGAAGCCAGCCCUCCAAGAUAAGGUCAACCGUGUUGUCAUGUUGAUUGUGGUUCUGGUCGUCCUUUUGGCUGUUGUCUGCACCGUGGCCUAUAAAUACUGGUCGCAAGACGUGGAGAGCAAAUCCUGGUACCUGAUCGACGCCAGCGUCGAAUACGGCCCUAUCUUCACCUCGUUCUUGAUCAUGUUUAACACCAUGAUUCCAAUCUCGCUGUACGUCAGUAUGGAAAUUGUGAAGGUUGCGCAAAUGCUCCUCUUGAACGACAUCGACAUGUACGACCCUGAGACCAACACACCCCUCGAAGCUCGCACUUCCACUAUUAACGAAGAGCUUGGCCAAGUCAGCUAUAUCUUUUCCGACAAGACUGGUACCUUGACAAACAACUCAAUGCGCUUCCGUAAGAUGAGCGUGGCUGGCACCGCCUGGUUGCACGACGCCGAUCUUCAAGAGGAAGCCGCCCGCGAAGGAGACCAGACCAAGUUGAUCCACAAGAAGCGAAGUGCCAAGGGAAAGAAGGCCAUGGGCCGCAAGUCCAAUGUCUCGGAGAUGCACAUGGGUCCCCGCCCAUCGAAUGUCUCUGGUGCUCUUGAUGCGAUCCGCCAGCCUGGCCGUUCCGCCACUACUCACCGCACCGAGGAGAUGAUUGAAUAUAUCCAACGCAAGCCCUACACGAUCUUCGCCCGCAAAGCCAAGCUCUUCAUCCUGUCCAUGGCCCUGUGUCACACCUGCAUUCCGGAGGAAGAUGAGCAUGGCGUCACCACUUUCCAGGCUUCCUCGCCGGACGAGCUAGCCCUCGUUCUGGCUGCUCAGGAAAUGGGAUAUCUUGUAAUGGACCGCCAGUCAAACACCCUGACUAUCCGCACUCAACCCAACGGCCCGGACGAAGCAACCAGCGACGAAGUAUACGAGAUUAUGGACGUGAUUGAGUUUUCCAGCGCGCGAAAGCGCAUGUCCGUCGUCGUCCGCAUGCCCGAUCGCCGUAUCUGCUUGUUCUGCAAAGGAGCCGAUACCACGCUGAUGCGUCUUCUGAAGCAAGCUGCGCUUGCCCAGGAGAAGGCAAACGAGAUCGAGCGCCGUGCCAGUCGACGCAAGGCCGCCGAAGCGACACAGGUCAUCCGACGCAACAGUGAACAUCAUAAUCGGAAGAACAGCGGUGUCCGCAGCAGCAUGACCAGGCCCAGUUUCACGCGUCGACGCUCGUCUAUCACUGGCCAGAAUGGCUCCACUCUUCGGGCUAGUAUCGAUGUCUGGCUUAAGGAUCGGGAGACUGAUGGUGGAAUCCUGAACAAGGAGGCUGAUAGCGAGUACUACAGCCCUCGGCCUUCGGCGCAGUUGAGUCGGCACUCUGCUGCGAUUUCUGAUUCUGGGAGUUCCACCAAUGGCGAGGAUGAGGAGGAUCUUGUUGAAGAGGCUCUUGUUGUUAACGAGACUGCUAUCUUCGAGCGUUGUUUCCAGCACCUGAAUGACUUCGCCACUGAUGGUCUCCGGACUCUUCUGUAUGGUCAUCGGUUCUUGGAUGAAGCGACUUAUACCUGCUGGAAGACUGCUUACAACGAGGCUUGUACCAGCAUUGUCGACCGACAGGAAAAGAUUGAACAGGUCGGCGAGCAGAUCGAGCAGCAGCUUGAACUUACUGGUGCUACUGCUAUUGAGGAUAAGCUCCAGAAGGGUGUUCCCGAGGCCAUUGAUAAGCUGCGACGAGCCAAUAUCAAGAUGUGGAUGCUGACUGGUGACAAGCGCGAGACUGCCAUUAAUGUUGGUCACUCGUGUCGUCUUGUGAAGGAGUACUCUACCCUCACCAUCUUGGAUCAAGAGAUUGGCGAUGUUGACCAAAGCAUCAUUGAUCUCAUUGGUGAGAUUACUCGCGGUCGGGUGGCCCAUUCCGUGGUAGUGGUUGAUGGUCAGACAUUGUCAGCCAUCGAGGCGAAUGAGCCUGUUCGCGAGCGGUUCUUCCAGUUGGCUGUCAAGACCGACUCGGUCAUUUGCUGCCGAGCAAGUCCCAAGCAGAAGGCAUUCCUGGUGAAAUCAAUCCGUAAGCAUCUCAACGACGCGAUUACCCUUGCUAUCGGUGAUGGCGCCAAUGAUAUUGCUAUGAUCCAGGAAGCGCAUGUUGGUAUUGGAAUCACCGGAAAGGAAGGAUUGCAGGCAGCUCGUAUUUCAGAUUACUCGAUUGCGCAGUUCCGGUUCCUUCUCAAGCUGCUUCUGGUGCACGGUCGUUGGAACUACAUGCGUGCUUGCAAGUACACACUUGGCACUUUCUGGAAGGAAAUGUUGUUCUAUCUCACUCAGGCGUUUUACCAACGCUGGAACGGCUACACCGGUACCAGUUUGUACGAGCCGUGGAGUUUGAGUAUGUUUAACACUCUCUUUACCUCACUGGCAGUCAUCUUCCUCGGCAUCUUCACCAAAGACCUAUCAGCAUCAACCCUGCUCGCCGUGCCGGAACUCUACACCAAGGGCCAAAAGCACGGCGGCUUCAAUAUCUGGCUCUAUCUCGGCUGGUCAUUCAUGGCAACCUGUGAAGCAGUCAUAAUUUUCUUCACGAUGUACGGCCUCUUCGGCAUGGCCAGAGUGAACCCAAGCGACAACGACACCUUCACACUGGGCCUGCUCACCUUCUCGGCCUGCAUUGUGGUGAUCAACCUGAAAUUGCAAGCUCUGGAGGUCCACAACAAAACCUACCUCUCCCUAAUCGUGAUCAUAAUCUCCGUCGGCGGCUGGUUCCUCUGGGACAUAAUCCUCGACCAACAAUACACAAUGUCCUCCGGCAAAGGCGUCUACUACGUGCCUCACAACUUCCUCCAACACGCCGGCCACAAUCUUCUCUUCUGGACAGUCCUCCUCCUCGCCGUGACAGCAGUCCUCCUCUUCGAAUUUACCGUCAGCACUCUGCGCGCCCUCUUCUUCCCAACAGACGUCGACCUUUUCCAAGAAUACGAACAAGACCUCGACAUCCGCAAGCGGUUUGAAGAAGCUGCCGCCUCAGAACUCCAGCAGGGCUGGAAUCGCGGUUCAAAGAAAUCCUCUUUCGAAAUUGCGCGUGAGGACGCCGAAUCUGAAGCUCUGGAGCGUGAACGCGAACGUCAGGUUGCGGAGUUACUCGCCAGACCGCGUGUUAUGGCCGAUUCCAAGCCUGCAACCCAGGAGCUUGAAAUGGAUGGCUAUACCAGUGCUAGUGCCACUGCUAGUCAGAAUGGUAGCGUGCCCAGUCGUACUGCUCCCGUUGCUCAAGAAGUUCUGAGUACUCCUGGCCAUACGCAUGACACUGCUUCUACCGACGAUGGUACUGGCCGUCGUCGCUCCGUCGAAAUCCAGGAGCUCUUCAGCAAGGGCUUUGGAACUGUCCGCAAGGGCCAACUCAAGUGA